GCCGCCCGCCAUGGCUCGCGCUGCCCGGCUCCUCCUCGCUGCACUGGCCACGCUCUUCGCCGCCGCGGAGGGCGGAGACGCCCCACCCGGCAAAAUCGCUGUGGUUGGGGCCGGGAUCGGGGGCUCUGCCGUAGCCCAUUUCCUCCAGCAGCAUUUUGGACCCCGGGUGCAGAUCGAUGUGUACGAGAAGGGGGCUGUGGGCGGCCGCCUGGCCACCAUCUCAGUCAACAAGCAGCACUACGAGAGUGGAGCGGCCUCCUUCCACUCGCUGAGUCUGCACAUGCAGGACUUCGUCAAGCUGCUGGGGCUGAGGCAGCGGCGGGAAGUGGUGGGCAGGAGCGCCAUCUUUGGUGGGGAGCAUUUUGUGCUGGAGGAGACGGACUGGUACCUGCUGAACCUCUUCCGCCUCUGGUGGCACUACGGCAUCAGCUUCCUGAGGCUGCAGAUGUGGGUGGAGGAGGUCAUGGAGAAGUUCAUGAGGAUCUACAAGUACCAGGCCCACGGCUAUGCCUUCUCAGGUGUGGAGGAGCUACUGUAUUCACUAGGAGAGUCUGCCUUCAUCAACAUGACCCAGCGCUCCGUGGCUGAGUCCCUGCUCCAAGUGGGUGUUACCCAGCGCUUUAUCGAUGACGUCGUCUCGGCAGUCCUGCGGGCCAGCUAUGGCCAGUCAGCAGCAAUGCCCGCCUUUGCCGGAGCCAUGUCACUAGCUGGGGCCCAAGGCAGCUUGUGGUCAGUAGAAGGGGGCAACAAGCUGGUGUGUUCCGGUUUGCUGAAGCUCACCAAAGCCAACGUGAUUCAUGCCACGGUGACCUCUGUGGCCUUGCAUAGCACUGAGGGGAAAGCCCUGUACCAAGUGCGGUAUGAGAGUGAGAUGGGCAACGGCUCCGACUUCUAUGACAUUGUAGUCAUCGCCACGCCCCUGCACCUGGACAACAGCAGCAGCAACUUCACCUUUGAAGGCUUCAGCCCGCCCAUUGAUGACGCCCAGGGUUCUUUCCAGUCCUCCGUCGUCUCCCUGGUCCAUGGCUAUCUCAACUCUUCCUACUUCGGUUUCCCUGACCCUAAGCUUUUCCCCUUCGCCAACAUCCUUACCACAGAUUUCCCCAAUUUCUUCUGCACUCUGGACAACAUCUGUCCUGUCAACAUCUCAGCCAACUUCCGGCGGAAGCAGCCACAAGAGGCAGCCGUCUGGCGAGUCCAGUCCCCCGAACCCCUCUUUCGGACCCAGCUGAAGACCCUCUUUCGUUCCUAUUACUCAGUCCAGACAGCCGAGUGGCAGGCCCACCCCCUCUAUGGCUCUCGCAGCAGCUUCCCGAAGUUUGCGCUCCAUGACCAACUCUUCUAUCUCAAUGCCCUGGAGUGGGCAGCCAGCUCUGUGGAGGUGAUGGCUGUAGCAGCCAAAAACGUGGCCCUGCUGGCUUACAAUCGCUGGUACCAGGACCUGGACAAGAUUGACCAGAAGGAUUUAAUGCACAAGGUCAAGACUGAACUGUGAGAGCUCCAGGGAGAACCCGGGAACUUCUGCCCCACCAUGAAGAUGGAUCAUUCCCUAGGGCAGCCCAGGCCUGCCUAAGCCACACUAGCCCACAAGGACCAGCUGCUCUUUGUGACCUUUUGUGAAUUGAGCAUCUUUCCUUCCAGGGCAGGUCCAGGUGACCUGCUAUCUGCCUGUCUGGCUUAAGGAUUCUCAUUUGAGUUGCUUUUUAAGGGAGAGAGUAAGGAAAGAGAAGGAAUUCAUGCGAGUCUACUCAUUUUAUUUAUUUAUUUUUUAACAGAAAUAAAUCCAUCUUCCCAAGCUG